GGGCUUAUUUUUCGGCGGCGUUCUGCUUCUUCUCCGUGCUCUUCAUCCAGUUCGGUGACUUGGAGGUUGCGAUCGGCGAGGUCUGUGCGGCUGCAAUUUGCGGGGAAUGCUGGUGGCGAUGGCGGACUUGGAAGGCCCGAUGCGGGUUCUCGAGUUCUACAGCGGUAUAGGCGGACUCCUCCAACAGCAAAAAGAACCUGCUUCAACCCACGCAAGGCUUAGGAGUUUAAUUUCGAAAACCUUUUCCUUUAAACAGAGGUAUUCUUUGCAAGAAGCGGGCGUGGAGGCAGUGGUCGUGGAGGCUUUUGAUAUCAAUGAGGUUGCCAAUGAUGUAUAUGAGCAUAACUUUGGACACCGCCCCAGUCAGAGAAAUAUCCAGCGGUUGACUGUAAGUCAGUUGGAUGCAUACAAGGCAGACACGUGGAUAAUGUCUCCGCCGUGCCAACCCUACACUCGGCAAGGCUUACGAAAGGAUGCUGGAGAUGCUCGUGCUUUUUCAUUUCUCCAGAUGCUUGAAAUGCUUCCUCAAAUGAAAUUUCCUCCAAAUUAUAUACUAGUUGAAAACGUUGUUGGAUUUGAGGAUUCAAUCACGCAUGGUCACCUCAUUGACAUGUUUGAAGACUUGGGUUUUAUGACUCAAGAAUUCAUCCUCAGCCCACUGCAACUGGGCAUCCCAUACUCUCGUCCGCGUUAUUUUUGCUUGGCGAAGAAAAAGCCCAAGAGUUUCGUUCAACCUGCUUACAAUAACUCUUUACUUUGUGAGUUAGGGCCUCUUGUUGAGUUCGUAAAAUUGCAACUUGAGGACAAGAGUAGCAUACUUGAGGAGCAAAGUUCCAAAAUUUUGCCUACUGUUUUAAGCACAGCUGUUGAGACCAGUGAAGGUAGCCAGCACUCCUUCCGGAGGCAGCCACUGUUGAAGAUGAACGAACCUAUUAUCGAUCCAGGUGUUUACUGUAGACCCGUGAGUGAUUUCAUGGAAGAAGAACCCUGCACGUCGGAUAACUUGGGUGCACCUCCUUUGCUGAGAAAAUUGAUUGGAGAUCAUUAUGAAUCUUUAGAGAGCGAAGCGGUGAUUACAAGAUCUGAAGAUGAAGGAAAAUGCUUUGACAUGAACAUGUGUGCUGACAAGUGGGAGCUUUACAAGUUGCCAUCAUCUGUUUUGGAGCGAUGGGGUGAUUGUUUCGAUAUGGUUACCAAGGACUCCAAAAGAUGCUGCUGUUUCACCAAAAGCUAUGGGUCAUACGCAAAGGGUACUGGCUCCGUACUGUCGACAAAGAAUGUCUGGAAUGAUGGAAUCAAAUUUCAGAAAGCGCUCAUGACCCAAGAUUUGCCUGAAGGGGUUUCUCUUAAUAGUCUUGGAUUACGCUACUUUACUCCUAGAGAGGUAGCUAAUCUUCAUUCGUUUCCUCCGGAGUUCUCAUUUCCAAGCCAAGUGAGUUUGAAGCAAAGAUACGCAUUGCUUGGGAAUAGCUUAAGUGUGGCGGUGGUGGGUGUCCUCCUCCGGUACCUAUUCUCUGAACCCAAUCAACUCGUCACCUAGAGCCUAAGUCAGCUCUCAGAUCCCUGAAGUUAUGGAAAGCGCUGUUAUUACAAAUUUAUCACUGAAAAGGUGGUGAAUCGGAGAAUUUAAAAGGUCUGAGGUUUAAGGCAGUAAACUGAGCGUCAAUUAAUGAGCUUGCUUAUAUCACGCCGCAGUGGUCUCGAAAACACAGAUGUUCCAAUUGAAUCUGAAAUGCGAUGGUUGGUUCAACUGCUUUAUGGUCUCCGAUUUUA